CGGUCACUGAAGACGUUCCUUUUUUCUAUCGAUCGAGUAAUUCUGAGCAUGCGCAGAACCAAUACGUCAUCGGUACUGAAACUCUUCUCGUGAUUGGCCGGCAGAGCGGUCAGUCAUUUAAAUAAGCCUCGUGAUUCAUAAUCUAUUACAUUUCCAGUCAGUCCUCGCCCACUACCCGAAAACACUGUAAAAUGAUCUUACUUCCUGACAGUAUUUACAUAAAAACAAACUGGAAAUGCGUGACUAACAAAUUAAUGCUAUUUUGGGGGCCUAUUCUCAUUAUAAAAGCGUAUUAGAAUUAUUAACUUCAGCUUUACACCUUUAUUGACGCAAUCGCUGUAAUAGUAUGUUGCAAUCCAGGGACUAAACAAAUCUGACCCGGUUUAAGCAGUACCACUACACUUUAUACACACUUCUCAUGAUCUCAGAUUGAGCUCAUGUGAUUUGUUCACAAGUGAGUAUACAUGUAACGUUACAGUGAAAGUGAUGUACAGUGAACAGGCAAUCAUGUAAAACAUGCGAUUGCCGAGAGUAAGCACUUAGCUGAUGAUGAAGAGAUCAUUGUGAGCAAUAUGAAUAAUUUAAACACAUUUAAACAGCAAGGAAAACACUGCUGCUCGAAGCUUACUAUUAUUAUUAUUAUUAUUAAAAUCCUUGAAAAUAUUCGUGUCCAAAAUCUGCAUUAGCCUAUUCAUAAUUGAGCAAAAGCGUCCACUUCGCAAUAGGUUGGUUUCACGUGACGUCACAUUGCUGCUUCGCGAACGCGCGAAAUUCAGAUGGAGGGCAGGGAGUGAAUUAGCGAGGAUCUGCCGUCUGUAAAAAUGCCAAUGUUUUGUGCAGUUUACGGUUGCUCCAAUCGUUCUAACCGUGAAAAAGGAAAGGGUUUUUUCAGAGUUCCAAAGAUUGUCGUUCAUAAAGGUGAGAAAUGUAAAAAGCUCACAGAACAACGACGUAAAAAGUGGAUUUUAAACGUACGUCUGCGGUCGGGAGGAGCAGAGUCUGCUAAUGCCCGUGUCUGCAGUGACCACUUUGUCGGAGGCUGCCCUAGCGCUUCGGUUGACGUUGAGUCGGUAGACUGGGCUCCGACAGUCAACCUCGGUUACCAAAAAACUAAGCCCAAAUCAGAGGCAUCUCUGCAACGAGAGCAGAGGAUGAAGCUCAAGGAAGACAAACAAAGACGGUCGGAAUGUGCAGAGGCUAUGUUGAAUCUCCAACAGACAGCUGAGAGCCCGGAUCUAACGCAGACAGCCGAGAGCUCCGAACCGAAUCAGUCAGCUGACAACUCACAGUCAAAGGACAUCAGUGGGAAUGGGACAUUAAAUGAUCAAGACUAUGUAGAUGCCGGAUGCCAGACUGAACUAACGAUGGAUGACAUUGAGAAGAUGGAGGAUGUUCUGAGACAGAACACAACAGAGCUGGGAGAUCUUCGGACCAAAGCACUGGACGCACAGUUCAACCAGGAGUCCUUUGAAAAAAAUGAAGACAAGACAAAGUUCUACACAGGGCUUCCCAACUUCUUGGUUUUAAUGCAGAUUUUUGAGCUGUGUGAACCCUACAUCACAUGUGGUCCUAUGUCUGUGCUGUCUAAAUUUCAACAGUUCAUCUUAGUUUUGAUGAAGCUGAGACUAAAUCUCCCACUGAAAGAUUUAGCUUUUAGGUUCAAGAUCUCUCUGCCCACUGCUUCUAGAGUUUGGCAUAAAGUAAUUGACAUACUUCAUGACAGGUUAGAAUUUCAAAUUGAGUGGCCAGAGCGGCAUGUACUUCAAGCUACAAUGCCAAUGGCAUUCAGACAGGCAUUUGGAUGUAAAGUUGCUGUGAUAGUUGAUUGUUUUGAAGUUUUUAUUGAGAAGCCCUCUAAUUUACUAGCCCAAGCUCAAACGUGGUCAAAUUACAAGCAUCACCAUACUGUAAAAUUUCUGCUUGGUGUUGCACCCCAAGGCUAUGUCACUUACAUAUCUUGUGCCUGGGGAGGGAGAGUCAGCGAUAAACAGAUCACAAUAGAGAGUGGCCUCCUAAAAAACCUGUUACCUGGAGAUACUGUUCUAGCAGACCGUGGGUUCAAUAUUGGUGAUAGUGUGGGAUUUUACUGUGCUUCACUACAGAUACCUGCAUUUACCAAGGGGAGAAAACAGCUGUCAGCGUAUGAGGUGGCAGAAACUAGAAAAAUAGCGAAUUUGCGUAUUCAUGUUGAGAGAGUCAUCGGUUUAGUCAGAAGAAAAUAUCAGAUUCUGCAAAGCAGGGCUAUGCCCAUAGAGCACAUGGCAACAAAACCAGGUGAGGCACUAGCAAUGAUUGACAAGAUUGGGGUUAUUUGCUGUGUCUUGUCUAAUCUUUGUGAGUCUGUUGUCCCAUUAGAGUAAGGAGAAAGGGAAGGAGAAGAGAGAGGGACAUCAUUUUGUUAAUAUGUUUUAAAUGUAAUAUU